UGUCAAGCACAGUACAAAGCAGGACAUUUCCGUUAUGUAUUGUGGUUGUCAAAUUUAUUGUAAAAGAAAACAACACAGUUGAUAAAUAAGAAUAUAAAAUAUUAUUUUAAUAACUAUUUUAUUAAAUAUCAAUCAAACCAACAAACACAUUCAUCUCCAUCUUUUGGCAAGUUAUAUCUAAACAAUGAGGUUUCGUUUUUGUGGAGAUGCAGAUUGUCCAGAUUGGGUUUUGGUGGAAAUUAAUACCCUUUCGAAAUUAUCAUCCAUUAAACUGAAACUUUUAGCUCAAGUUGUCGCUCAGGGCAUAAUUAAUCCACCACUACAAAUGGACAAAGCAGAAAAAUUAUUUUCAGAAUCUAAACUUGACGCAGAUAUAGAUUUAAAAGCUUGUAUAGCUUGUAUAACUUAUAUUUUAACAUCAACUACUCGUUUUAACUGUGACAGCAAUGCUUUACAGAAUGAAUUGCAACAACUAGGACUCCCUAGGGAGCACAGUACAUCUCUGAAGAGAGUUGUGGAUGAUCAGAUAGGGGCUCUAACAGAUAAAUUUAGAGCGGCAUCUCUCAAAGUUAAUCCUCUAGAAGAUAUUGUCGCUACUGUAGAUGCAGAUCUUAAAUGUGCUAUUCUAGAUUUAAAAAUUAAUGGUGAGAAUCGUUCUGUAGCUUUAACUCCUUUCACAGUGAAUGUAUUGCUUGAGAAUUUGGAAGAAGUAAGGAAGACCAUGGUGGAAUUAAAGGAAGCGUCUUGAUGGAAGUGAGAUGUAUGUCAACAGAUUUGAGAAUUUCUUUAAAAUAUAUAUGAUAAUAUACAGGAUAACCUUUCUUCAACAAGCAGCUGUGGUGAAACUUUUUAGUAUUGGGAAAUGUGAAAAAAAUUCAUGCAGUUUUGGUCUUUUUAUUGGAAUAUGUAAUACUAAUAAUGGUUUUCCCUAUACGAAAUAAUUUUGGAGGAUUUUUAAAUACCUCUAGCAAUUUUCAAACUUCUCUCUCUACAAUAAGCUUAAGAAUUUUCUUAAGUUGUUUCUUGUCAUAUUUUAAUAUCAUUUGAUAUCUUUAAUUGGAAUUAAUGAACUGAUAGUAAAUAAUAAGCUUAAGAAUUAAAAUGAAAUAUGAAGUCAUCAGAUGUUAUAUUUUAUAGGUAUCUGUUGGACUAAACAUAGAUCUGCCACUGUGUGAAAAUAUCUAUAAACCACACCACCACUUUGAAGUCUACCUACAAUAUAAUAUUAUGUGUUAUAUAAGUUUGAAGUCUCUUAUCAUCCUUGGAAGGUUUUCUAUAAUCUCUUUAUCAUAUUUUUUCAUUUAUGUAUUAUUAUUUUUAUUGCCCAAUUCCUUUAUGACAAAAAAUACAGAACUAGGAGACAUUUUGUUAAAAAAUAAUUAACAAUGCUUGUUGUGUUAUAUUUUAUAUUAAAUAAUUAACUCUUGUAUUUAUAAAAUGUAUAUUUUUAGUCUUAAUACAAGUUGAUUUAUUAA